AAAGCAAAAGCCGAAAGAAAACCUGAGGGUGAGGGGGUGGAAAAAAGGUUCAUCAAAAUUAAAAACAACGUGGGAAGAGAGAGAAGCAGUCACACAUGCACACACUAACACAGAGUCAGAGUCAGAGAAACAUUUCAUUUCAUUUCUUCUCAUUUUUUGUUUUAAAAAAGAAAAAUUUUGAAACAUAAACAAAAGAAAAAACAAUUCUUCUUUCUUUGAGUUUGGUUUUUGUUUUUUAGUUAAAAGGUCCUGUUUGACACGAACAUCAAGCAAUCGCACCGUUCGUUCAUAAAAACGAAAUAAAAAGAAAGAAAGAAAAAAGAACAAAAACAGAUUAUUAUUAUCACAAUUAUUAAAAAAGGGGGAUUAAUUAUGAAAGGUGGUGAUGGAGUUAUUGUAGUCAAGAGCAACUGUUGUUGCUUUUGGUUAAUUAUUUUAGGUUUUCGAUUAUUAUCUUUAUUAUUAUUAUUAUUGUUUUUCCUUUGGCUUUGGUUCUUUUAUUCUUCUGCAUGCUUUCAUUUCAUUGUUCUAUCUUUUCAAUCCCAUAUUACACGCUGCUUUUCCAUUAUCCUUUUUCAAAUUUCCAAAUUUAAUCACCCAAUUGAUGAUUUUUUGUUAUUUAUUUAUUUUCAUCUAUCAGGAUAACAAUCCUGUGCCUUUUCCAUUCCUUGACUACUACGGAAUUUUGAUUUUUCAAGAGAGAGAAAGGCCUCAAAUCAAAGAGAGAGAUAGAGAAAAAGAGUAGCAUAAAAAAAUUAAACACCAAAACGAUUCCUUUUUGGUUACCCUAAUUUUGUUUCUGUGCUGCUUUGUUCUUCUUCUGCUGCUGCUGCUGCUGCUACUGGUGCUGCUCCUUUUUCGUUGUUUUGUGGGUUCUGGAUUUCUAGGGUUUGAAAGGGGAGAAAGUUUCGAUCUUGAUCGGGUUCGAAAAUGGAGGGGGAAGCUGCUUCGGAUGCAGAGAUUGAGAACAAUAAUACUCAGAAGAGGGAAGAUGUUGUUGGUGAUAACAGCAAUGAGAACAACAAUGGAAGCAACAGUAAAAUUGGUAACUCGAAUGAGGGUCAGAGCAAGCCCAAGCGACAGAUGAAGACCCCGUUUCAGCUUGAGACACUGGAGAAAGCUUAUGCUUUGGAGACUUACCCUUCAGAGACAAUGAGGGCUGAGCUCUCUCAGAAGUUGGGGCUGUCCGAUCGGCAGCUACAGAUGUGGUUCUGCCACCGCCGGCUGAAGGACAAGAAGGAUUUGCCGCCUAAGAAGCAGAAGAAGGCAGUGCCGGCGCCAGUGCCGGCGCCAGUGCCAGUGCCGGCACCACCUGUGCCAGAUUCUCCUCCAGACCUCAGGCUGGGCCCUGAGCAUGUUAAUGAGUAUGGAUCAGGGUCAGGUUCGGGCUCCAGCCCGCUUACCCGCCCUGAGUUUCGAAAUGUAGUUCCCCGGGGUGGUAUGCUGGGGUACUAUGAGCCACCACAAGCUAUGAUGGAGCUUAGAGCAAUUGCUUGUGUGGAGGCACAGUUGGGGCAGCCACUGAGGGAAGAUGGACCCAUACUCGGAGUAGAGUUUGAUCCUUUGCCCCCAGGUGCUUUUGGGGCACCCAUAGCUGUUACAGAACAGCAAAAGCGACCUAGUCUUGCUUAUGACAGUAAAAUGUAUGAAAGACACGAUGUUAGAACAAAUAAGGCUAUGGCGAGGACAUUACCGGAAUAUCCAUUUCUUCCAAACCAGCCUGGCAUUAGGUCAGAUGCCUUUGGACAAUUAAAUCCACCUCAUUUACACGAUCCAAUGGAUGGUCCUUCCAGAACUUCCUUUCCUAUAAAUGAACAGCUGCACAAAAUUCAUGCUACCCAAAGUCAUUCUGCUCGUGUUCGCGUUUCAUCUCAGCAAGACAAGCAAGUGAUUCCUUAUCCAUCUCCUCCUCGAGAAGUUGAUGUUGCCCAGCCAAGGGAAUCAUAUGCAAACAUAGCUAAUGCUGGAAUAGACUCACACUUCGCCGAUCAUCCGAUUGCUGGUCAAGAAAAUCCUUAUGCUUUACCCAGUGGACAAGUUUUGCAGAACGAUAUGACAAUCCGAAUAGAAAAGAAACGAAAGAUUGAUGAUGCCAAAAUUGCAAAGGAGGUUGAAGCCUAUGAAACGAGGAUGAGGAAAGAGCUUGAGAAGCAAGAUAACCUUAGACGAAAGAAUGAAGAGCGACUAAGGAAAGAAAUGGAGAGACAAGAACGUGAAAGAAAAAAGGAAGAAGAGAGACUGAUACGCGAGAGACAGCGAGAAGAGGAAAGAUCUAGGCGUGAACAAAGACGUGAAAUAGAACGGAGGGAAAAGUUUUUGAUGAAAGAACACUUGAGAGCUGAGAAAAGAAGACGAAAAGAAGAGCUUCGCAAAGAAAAAGAGGCCGAGAGAAGGAAGGCUGCCCUUGAAAAGGCAGCUGCCCGUAGAAUAGCUAAGGAAUCUAUGGAGCUUAUUGAGGAUGAACAGCUGGAAUUGAUGGAGCUGGCUGCUACAAGCAAGGGACUUUCCUCGAUUAUACAACUUGAUCUUGAUACAUUGCAAAACCUUGAAUCAUUUAGGGAUUCAUUGUGUUUUUUCCCACCUAAGAGUGUAAAACUGAAAAGGCCAUUUGCUAUCCAACCUUGGAUUGACUCUGAUCAGAAUGUUGGCAGCUUCUGA